CAACGUUCAGACCCAGCUGCAAAGGUCUGCAGUACAAAUGGAAGGAUAUCCGACAGAAGCUGGGUGUUAACUUCAUGUAGUUUUAUUUAACCUUUUAAUAUUUAAAAAACGAGAUAAAAGUCUGUCUCAAAAAUUAAGCCCAGGGAAGUCUCCAGGUAUCUGGACAGGAGACUGGCACCAUGGAAGCUGGGGUGCCCCCUCAGGGAGGCGAGGGUAGCUUUAACACCCAGACUAGUCUCACCCAAACUGGGACAACUAAGGGCCUGGAGCAGUCUGAAUGCCCCAUCAUCACUCAGCCUUUACCCAACAGAACACUCCCAGAGCACACAAAGUUCUCCUCAGAGACUGAUAGAACGGAGGAUGGAGACAGUGACGAUUCUAUGACAGACAAUCUCUCAACCAAUGACGUUGCUCGACUCUUGCCUAACCACAAGUCCACCAAUCACAAAACACAGAAAGAGGACCCCCCGAGCAAGGAGGACUCUUCACCCAGGCCAGAGGCCCAGAUCACGGGGGACCCUCCCAUCUGCACUCCCCCGUCUGCCUCCUUGCCCCCUCUGCCUCCCAAGUGUAACGGUCACGGAGGGCAAGAAGGCCAGGGUUGCCCGGGCAACAAGAACCGUCUGCCCUCCGCCACUAAGAGCCAGCAGUCCUUCAAAACUGACGCAGCCCAGAUCCAACAGGUUGCAGGGGACGGUGAGGAGGACCCAGAUCACCUCAGGCUUCAGAUGCAGGAAACACAAAGUGGUGUUUGUGUGUUGAGCACUCACGACUGCUGUGUUCACUGUGUGCUGGCCUGUCUGUUCUGCGAGGUCCUGUCUCUGUGUUCGGUUCUGUCCCAGUGCCUGGCAUGUGGCAUGGGCUGUGAGGCGCUCUGCUGCUGUGGCGAGGGGGCCUCGGGGGGCAUGGCCUGCUGUGACGAGGACGCUUGCUCUGCCCUGUGGGAUUGUGGGAUAUUGGAGGACUGUUGUGAGUCGUCCGACUGUCUGGAGAUCUGUCUGGAGUGCUGCUCCAUCUGCUUUCCUGCCUAGGACCAGCAGUGAACAACAGACUGGAUGGAAAUGUGUCCCUGCCUACAGGACCAAAGGGCCUCUGGAACCCUGUCACUAAUAGUCUCUCUCAGUUUAGUUGUCAUGAUUAGCCCAAUAAAAUGUCACCUACCAUGCUGCUUUGAACUGGACUGCAGACUGAAAAGUCCCCGACCUACACCUGAACUCACUUAAAGGGAUAUUUCACUAAAGAAAAGAAACAGUUUAGGCCAGGGCUGGUUUGCCCUGAACUGACUCCCUCAUUGAUCCUAGGAACUGAUGUAGACCUGGGGGAUGAUAAACACGAAUUACCAGCAGCGUUUGGACUUUUGAAGAUAAGCUUUAAGGACCCCCCUGAGGCUUGGUCCAGAUCUGAGAGUGGCUUUGUUCCACAAACACCUCUCUACCAAUUGAAGUGCAUGUGAUGUGUUCUCAUGUUUGCUCCGCCUUGUCUUGUUGUUUUGUUUGUUUAGACAGAGGUUUGGCCACAGCAAAGGUUGAGUAAGCUGCACUGAAAUGUUCAGCCUUCAAAGGCAUUCACGCAAACAAUGAAUUCCUAAGUUCAGCUUCUGAAGAGACAGUCACUUCUUAGACAGAUGGAUGAUUUAAACAGCCCAUAUGUUUACACACAUAUUCUACGAAAUUUGUGAAGUGAGUUAUAUUCCUUCUUAAGUAAGAAAACUAAAGGAUUGGGAUAUUUCUUCUAGUGAAUCCUGCAGUUGUCACUGUCUUUAUUUAUCAAUGUGAUAUGAAUAAACCACUUCCAGUUUA